AUGGAGUUUCUGCGCAGGGUACAUCGUUCCCACGAGCACGCCGGCGACCAGCAAGAUGGCGGUGGUGACUACUGGGGAGGCGACGAUUGGUAUCGUCGGGAUGGACCGGACGACGACGAGCAUUCCGAUGGGGUCGAGGUGUGGGUUCGCUCGCCACGCCAAGAAGAUGAAGACCACGACGGACAGAACGAGGUGUGCGAUGGAUCGCACCACCCAAGCAUCGCUGAACCGGUCGAGACAGCACCAACACAGGUCGUGGAUGCGUCUGUUCCAGACUCGACCGCCUCACAGACGCCGAAGAAGCGGCGCUUCACGCAGUCCGGGCUCGGGAUUGGUCUGCAGCCCGUUAAGCCUGCACCGACUCCGCCGCCACCUGCCAAGAAAACAACACCUGUAGUCCGACUCACCGCAGAGGAGAAGAAGGAGAAGUUGUAUUUGAAGGCCCAGAAAAGCUACACGUCGGAAUGGCUUCCGCGGUUCCCAUGGUUAAUCCUUGAUAAAUCGACUGAUGGUUUCCCUUGUGUUCGCUGCAGUAUCUGUAUAGAGCACGGGAAGGACGAUGCUCGCUACGGCCGCAAUGGGAAAGGAGGUCGGGACCUCCAGAUUGGGUCCUUUCGCUGGCACGAGGAGAGCGUGAAGCACGACGAUGCCAUGAAGAAGCAAAUGGGUCUGAUGAAGAACAUCGAGGAGCAGAAACGCAUCGAUGACUUUGCGAAGGGCGAUCCGGAGGGCGCGCGGAUUUCGCGGCUAAUGCGGAGCAUCGUGUUUGUGUGCAAGACGGACACACCGAUUCAGAUAGAAGCGUUAGCUGUCAAGAAUGCAGCAGAGGCCUAUCCAGACUUCAACAUCGUGGACGACGCCAUCAGGGCCCUCGGGUCGAUCGUCGGGAAGUCAACUCCCUGGUAUGAGCGGUUCAAGGAGUUGCAGCAGGUGUACCACAAGACCAAUCUAGAGCACCAGGGGCUCAACAACGUGCGCUGGCUGGCACGGGGCGAGGCAGUGCUGCGGAUGUGCCGGGUGGACGUCACAAUCGUGGCGCAGGAGGUGGACCGCACGGUGUCGUACAUCCAACACCGCUACAUCGACUACGAGACGAAGUUCGGGGAGGGCCUUAGCCCACAGCUGUCGCCUUUCCUGGAGCGCCACAAGGAUGGCAAGCGUGAGCUGAAAGUGGAGGGCGUGGACUCCAACGGCCGCGCAGUGAGCCAGGAGAUUGUUCUAAGCGAGGCGCCCAUCGCUGGCCACAAGUUUGGCGGAACAAUGCGCGACUGCGAGAAGAUGUGCAAGGCAUUCGCCAAGCAGACCGUCCAUAAUCUCACCGAGCGGAUGGCGGAUCUUCGUCGCAUGGGCGGGACGAGGCUGUUCAAGAAGAAGCGUCGCCCCGCCAAGAAACCUGCGCACGGCGCACCAGUUUGCGCAAGGGGGAAGGCGAAGAUCGAGUCUGAUGCGGAAUCGGAGGGCGAGGAUGACUACUACUAG